AUGGCAUCUGAUUCUUCUCCCCUUUCUAAUUCUCUUCUCUUUCAUUGCUAAAAAAAAAAAAAAAUGCAAACCAAAUUGUCAAAAGCCAACCAAAAAGCAAUGUCUUCAGUGGAGUUAGCAGCAUCCCAAGAAAACCAGGAAGAGAGUAACAAUGAAUGGUUUGAUCAUUUGCUCAACAUGGAUCCAACCGUUUCCAACAGUUUGUCACUCUCUGCUGAUACUUUCCUGAAAGCUGCCAUAGCUCUCAAGAACCAGGUAGUGGAGGUCACGUGGAAAGGAAGAGGUGGUGGUUAUGCCGAGUCGGGUACGGGAAUAGACCCGACUAUGUACACGGGUCUGCUGGGGACAGCUUUCACUUGCUUCAGAUCAUACGAGGUAACUGACAAUCAUCAGGACUUGCUGUUGUCUGCUGAGAUCGUUGACACGUGCGCCUCUGUCGCACGUGCCUCCACUAGAAACGUGACAUUUUUAUGUGGUAGAGGAGGGGUCUAUUCACUCGGAGCUGUGGUGGCUAAUUACAUGGGGGAUCAUCAAAGACAAGACUUGUUCCUAAAUCUCUUCCUUGAGGUAGCACAGGAAAAAGCCCUGCCAGUAGGACCUGAAGAAGGUGGUUUUGGAAUGUCAUAUGAUCUUCUUUAUGGGCGAGCUGGAUUCUUAUGGGCUGCUUUGUUUCUGAACAAGCAUCUUGGGAAAGAGACCGUGCCCAAUGAUGUUCUUAUGCCAAUUGUUGAUGCCAUAUUAGCUGGGGGGAGGACAGGGGCUUCUGAUCACUCUGCCUGCCCGCUUAUGUAUAGAUGGCAUGGCACAAGGUACUGGGGUGCAGCCAAUGGUCUUGCUGGAAUCUUGCAAGUGCUACUGCACUUCCCUCUUUCAGAGGACGAUGCUGAGGAUGUCAAAGGGACUUUAAGAUACAUGAUGGGUAACAGGUUCCCCCAUAGUGGAAAUUACCCCUCAAGUGAAGGGAACCCAAGAGACAGGUUGGUGCAGUGGUCUCAUGGUGCAACAAGCAUGGCAAUCACUCUGGCCAUGGCAUCACAGGUGUAUCCAAGUGAUAGAGAAUUCCGUGAUGCUGCUAUAGAAGCAGGGGAGGUUGUUUGGAAGAAUGGGUUAGUCAAGAAGGUGGGACUAGCUGAUGGUAUUGCCGGAAAUGCCUAUGCUUUCCUUUCCCUUCAUCGCCUUACCGGAGAGACCAUAUACGAAGAAAGGGCAAAGGCGUUUGCAAGCUUCUUGUACCAUAAUGCAAGGAAGCUUGUAAAUGCGGGGCAUGCCCGCGGAGCUGAUCAUGCCUACUCCCUUUUCCAAGGACUUGCUGGGACAGCUUGCCUCUGGUUUGAUCUGCUUGCACCCCAGAACUCUAAGUUCCCAGGAUAUGAGCUCUAAGUGAAGAUGAAUGGAGUCAAAUAUUUCAUAACAAUCGAGGGUAACUUGUAUUGUACAAGUGUAUGACUUGAUGAGCUAGUUGCUGUAAUGUCCAGAUACAAUUCCAAGGGAAGACUUGCUCCAAGUGAAGUUGAAAGCAUGCAUAUUACCCAUUUGGGCUCUAGUGUUCUAUUGUUAAUUCCAAGGCAAUGGGGCAAUGGCCAUGGCUGGUUCGGCCAUUGGCAGUGUGGUUAAGGAUCAUGGGCCAUUCUUUUCAUGCGUGUUUGAAAACAAGUUCAAGUUGCUUUAAACAUCCCCCAUGCAAUGGAUGGGGACACAUCGCAAAUUACAGAUUGUUAUAUCUACUUACAGAGACAAGUCCACAUGCCAAAAGCAAACUUACACUAGCUCUAAACACGAGUUGGAUUAAACAAUUUAUUUUACAUUCCCAUUGGAGACACAUUUGCUUGAAAAGAAGUAAAACGCACCUUAUUAUGAGUUUUUGUUUUUUGUUGAUAGAUACAUUGGUUU